CUCUGGAGCUGCCGUGAACGGCUGGAAGACACCCAUCAUCCCCUAUGUCGUGAGGACAUCAGCAGCGGACCUGGCGACCCGAGAGACUGUGCUGGCUGGUGACCCGCCGCCGCAGGGCACCAUUCGGCCCGUAUAUACCGACCGUGAUCCGUCCAAUGAUCCGUCCCCGAUCCGCUCCGCGCCGACCCAGCCGCCGCCGUCUCCGGCUCCGACAGCCAUUCGACCCCGAGCGGGCGUGCCGAGAGGAGCCCCGCCGUCCGCUGCUCGCUGUAGCGCCGCCGUGUAUUCAGUUCGCUGUCAGUCGUCUGACUAGAGCGUAGCCCACCGUCCUGCGGUCUAUCGUCCAUCGUCUACCUUCCACCGUCUAACCGUCUGGCCGUCUAUCAUCUACUGUCGUUCCAAGUCCGUCGUCCACCCUCUAACCGUCUAAGCGUUCACUGUCCACCGUGCGCCAUCUGACCAUCCACCGUCUAUCUGCUUACCAUCCACCGCUUACCGUCUAACCAUCCUCGUGCUUUCCCCACCUUCCGCCCCUCUCCAUCCGCCGCGAUGGCUCUGGGCACGCUGCACCCGCUGGUGCUGGUGGCCCUCCAGGUAGUGUUCGUCAUCCUGUUCGGCGUGUUCGCCGAGUACUCUGUGACAAAGCCGAACGCCGCGGCACAGGACACGCCGCCCGGAAAACUGCUCCGCAUGUACAGCAUGUUCCAGGACGUGCACGUGAUGAUAUUCAUCGGCUUCGGCUUCCUGAUGACGUUCCUGAAGCGUUACGGCCUCAGCGCCGUCAGCCUCAACUUCCUGCUGGCCGCGCUGGUGCUGCAGUGGGCCGUGAUCGUCAACGGGUUCUUCCACCUACACGACGGCAGGAUCCAGAUCGACGUCGAGAGUCUGCUGGGAGCCGACUUCACUGCCGCCUGUAUCCUGAUCUCAUUCGGAGUGGUGCUCGGAAAGACGUCGCCCACGCAGCUACUGGUGAUGGCUAUGAUCGAGGUUCCCAUCUUUGCUUUCAAUGAAGUGAUUGGUCGGCGAUACCUUCAGGUGUCCGAUAUGGGCGACUCGAUAUUUGUACACGCGUUCGGCGCGUAUUUCGGUCUGGCCGUCAGUUUCGCCAUGUUUAGAAAGGACCGGGACAGCGAGAACGCGGCCUCAAACACCGUCUCAGAUCUGUUCUCCAUGAUCGGCACGAUUUUCCUGUGGUGUUUCUGGCCGAGUUUUAACUCGGCGCUGGCGCAGGGCGACGUCCAGAGCCGGGCCGUCAUCAACACCUACCUCUCGCUCUGCGCCAGCUGCGUGGUGUCGUUCGCCGUCUCGGCGCUGCUCGACAAACGCAGCAAGUUCUCCAUGGAGCACAUCCAGAACGCCACGCUGGCCGGCGGCGUGGCGGUGGGCACGGCUGCCGACAUGAUGGUACAGCCGUUCGGAGCCGUCAUCAUCGGCUCGGUGGCCGGCGUCCUCUCCGUCAUCGGCUUCAGCAUCAUCACGCCGGCGCUGGACGAGCGGUGCCGCGUGCACGACACGUGCGGCGUGCACAACCUGCACGGCAUGCCGGGCGUGCUGGCCGGCAUCGUGGGAGCCAUCAUGGCCGCCAUGGCCACGCACGAGCAGUACGCCGACAGUCUGUACGUGAUUUUCCCGGCGAUGGAGCCGAUGGAGAACGCCACUGCCCAGGCGCUGGCCGGCCCGGAGCACGGCACCCAGGCGGGCCGCUCGGCCGGGUACCAGGGCGGCAUGCAGAUCCUGGCGCUGCUCAUCACCUUGGCCAUCGCCAUCAUCACCGGACUCGUCACCGGUGCCAUCCUACGUCUGCGCGUCUGGGAGCAGCUGGACACAGCUGAUCUGUACAGUGACCGCCGCUUCUUUGUGGUCCACGACCCGGAGGAGGGCGACGCCCCGCCGCCGCCCGCCGGUAACGAGUCAAAGACGAGUGAACAGCUCUGAACGUACUGACACCGAACUGACACACCGGACACUGACACUGACACCGACACUAAUACACCGCCGCCGCCGCCCGCCGGUAACGAGUCAAAGACCAGUGAACAGCUCUGAACGUGACACUGAUACUGGCACCGAAACUCAAACUGGGGCCACAAGACCGGUAGUGGCACACAGAGCAGCUAGCACAACGCCUCACCGCAAUUGAGAAAAUAUUGACACCCAAAUAGCCAAACGGCGCACGGUUUCGAGACAGUCGGGAAAUGUCACAUUCCGGGACCAUAUCUGACACUGACUCACCUGACACCAGCCGAGACAGGCGACACCAGCGCGCGCUGAGCGCGCCGUUGUGGCAACAUAUCAAUGUAGUAUAUACUCAUCGUUUGUUAUUGAAAAUUGUUCCUGGUCCAACACUUAUUUUGGCUCCUGUCUAUUGAGUGAGCCAUUGGACCAUCCGAACUUCCGAAAGUCACAAAAUUGUGUCAUUCGAAGUCACUUUAAAUGGACCUAAAAGCAUAGCAGUGUAACAAGCACCACAUUUAUUGUAUGUUGAGGCUAAGUUAGAUAAGUCAUAGUCCUAGUACGGGCUAAUGUUACUUUUAUUGCAUUCGUCUUGAAGUGUUGUUUGUAAUGAUAAUUUAGCGAGCACCACACAGUUUAGGCAUGUAAUUGUACACAGCAGAAAUGUCAACAUUGUGUAAAAAAUGCACGCUCAAGUCAUUGGUAGCUCGUCAUAUAGUAUUUUGUUUCGUCACUACAUCACCCACUAUAUAACAGAUAGGCUAAUCUGAGUGGUGCGUGUGCCGGCCGGGCAGCCUGCCCUCAGCCAUUGAGAGGCCGACCAGCGAUUUUAUACUACCGGCCAGUAAGGGAAUGUGUGGGCAUAUUGGCGUGAAUAAGGUCAUUAGGCCAGAUAAACGGAGCGUGCUGUAAUUAAUGUUGUCACUCAUCUUGUCACUUUCCUUAUACCCUUAAGGUCGCGUAAUUUAAGAAGUGUAUGAAUAUUGUGUCGUGUAUGUUGUACAUAAAAGGUAUUGAUGUCUUGCUAUCCACGCUGUGAUUUAGUAAGUUCGCACCAGCUCACCAUUUCGCUCACUAUCAUAAGAUCUUGAGGCUAGAUGCUAACAUCAUUCCUUUCGCCUUUUGUUGUUGCUGUUUGCUGGUUAUAUGAUGACACUCCGACGUGUGCACUGUGCAAUGUCACUGUCGUAGCCUUGGUGUGUAGCAUAUCCAAUAACUGAGAGGCUUACUGCUUACCUAAUCAGCUCUCACCGUGUCCUAAGUUGAGCUGUAUGUAAGUUGUCCCUACACAGCCUGUCGCCGAGUUUAGCCUCGCAGCAUGGCGGGGCAGACUGAUGUUCCGUGUGUAAAUAGACGUUCAUAACACGCCCCA